AUGAAGGCUCAGGGCUUACGCACGAUUGCAUUUGGCGGUCGACCUAUCGAAGGGCUGAUGCAAGGUAUUGAAGGUAUCAAGGGUGGCUGCUGCACCACUAGCUGGCUUGGAUGCUACAAUCGAGGCUGUGGAAAGCCUUAUCAAGAACGGCUCAAUUGCCUUAUUAAGAGCAGGUCGAAGCUUGCGAUGAAUUCGUUCCUGUGGCAUACCAACGACCGCAUUCCGCGUCAAUUCAUUCACGAAGCAGCUGAAUUUCGUCUUUUCUACACGUACGAUAACCUAGUCGACCAAGAGACUGCCUUGGCGUCCGCUGCAGACGUUAUGUUCAAUGGUGGUGCCCGUGUUCAGGGCUCAAUGAAUGCGACUGGAAGUCUCUUUUCCAAAGGACCCAGUGCUCGUGACCGACUUUCUGCGGCUGUUGCCUCUCACUUUUCGUGUCACUGA